AUGGGACCAGGAUCAGGCUCAAUCGCAGGCAACGACAGAGGCGGAGCCGCCGAUGAAGUAACCUUACCUUUUUUCUAUCACAUCUCUUCUGAGCCACUGCCAAUGGGAUGGGAACCUUUUGGAAUAUACGUCCGAGCUGACAGUGCCAUCAUAGGCAGCACGCCAGAGGCAGAAGAGAGAAUAUCCUCGCGGGUCCAGAGAUGCUUCAAUUGUGGCGAAACAGAGCAUGCCGUUUCGGAUUGUCAUUUCCGUCGAAAUCAAGAGCUGAUAUCCUUGUCUCGCUCAUAUUACCAAUUUUUUCAAGGCACGCUGGGUCUUGCGAACUGGCAGCGAGUGCACACAGCCGAAGAAUGGAGGCAGAGCCGCCUUCACUGGCUAGAGACUUUUGAGCCUGGAAAGAUCCAAGGCGAACUCCUCCGCGACGCUUUGGGUGACGAGGACGGAGAUUGGCUUCGAAAUAUGGCACAAUGGGGCUAUCCCAAAGGAUGGUUCAGCGAACGCGAUCCCAGACUUCUUGUGAGAGACCGAAUAUGGAGCGAACAUGGCGGCUAUGUUGAUGGCGAACUCGAUGAUGACGAAUCUUUCUUCAUUCAUAGUGAAGAUGGCGUUGAAGAGGUCACAUUCGACGCCUCUUUCAAAAUUUCUCAUUACACAGCGGCAGUAUAUGAAGAAUAUAACAAUGACGACGAGCACGACCAAAGCUCAGAGACAUCAUCCCCACCCUCUCAGAAUCCAUCUUUCAGUAGCAGCGUGAAGCGAUGGGCAACCUACCCGCCGACAUACUUCGCAUCUCAUCUUCUGCCCGUUUACAAUGGCUUUAUGUUACCGCCAAUACACUCGUCGCAAAGGAAUACACAAGCUGACAAUUGGCACCUUGCUAAUGGGUCUUCAACGUUUUGGAUUUUUGAUGCGGUUGCCAAUACUCAUAUUGCCUAUCAAGGACAUAUACCCCCGCCACCACCACCUACGAGUGAGCCCCCUCCAUUGCCUCCCCUCGACUCACCGCCACCACCACCACCACCACCUCUUAGUCCGCCGCCGCCACCCCCACCACAUCCGCCACCGCCUCUCCCUCCUUCAUUCUCCUCAGCCCCGGACGAUGGUGAGAGUGACAUGGAACUGUCAGAUUCCGAUUGA